AUGUGUCCCUUCCUCCUCGCUUUGGCAUCACGCCUUAUAGUCGCCUGCGGGUAUCACCCUUUAAGCGACUCGUCCAUGAAGCUCGUGCUCGCUGAGGGCAUUGUCGACGCGCCGAGCCCUUUGACGUCUUCCCUCUCAAUUACGGCCUGUGCCGUGCUAGUCGUGUACUCUGUCAUUAUGAUGCGUGUCGUGACAAUCGGGCAAUGCGAUCACGGAUAG